GGGGAGGGCGGCUCGGGGGUGGAGCCGGGACCGCAGCGGCCGCCGCUCGCUCGGCGCUGUAGCCGCCGCUGCCGCCGCUGCUCUCGGCUUGGGGACGCGGGCGGGCGCUCCAAGAGGCUCCGGAGCCUGCGGCUGCUGCUCUCCUCCCGCUCCCGUGGCUGCGGCGCUCCGGGUCACGGCCCCUGGCCCGGCGUCUUUCGGGUCCUCGAGCCCCGGCCCCGGGUCCCGCGCCUGGCCGGGGAGAACGCACUCCGCUGCUCGAGCCGCCCCGGACUCGCGCCCCCGGGCGAUGAAGAGGGGCCCGUGAGGGGCGCGCGGAGUCGGAGGAAAAGGAGGGAGGAGGGAGGCCGAAGAGGAGGGUGCCGGAGGCGGAGGAUGCCGCCGCCGCUGCUGCCGCCGCCGCCACCCGCGAGCCCCCGGCGACCCUGACUCCAGACCCGAGGAUGGAGCCGGCGCUGGGCGCUGCAGCUGCUCCCGGCGCGCCCCCGACCAGGACCCGGGGAGCAGCCCCUCCCAGGCUCCAGGGACCCAGUGCUGCCUUUCGCGGUAACGGCCCAGAGUAGCCCUAGCUGGGAUGCUGGGCGUUAAAAGGCCAGGCUACCUGAGGAAGGUAGCUGGUGUUACUUCGGAGUGGUUGGAAGAAGACUCUCUCCCUAGCUGCGUGCCCGGAGGCGCCCUUCCGACCUGGAGGCCUGGGUCUGCUGGUCACAGGGCUGCCACACUGGCUGGGACGGCCAGCUGGACCUGGAGACGCUGGUGGCUGUGGACUCCCCAGCUUGGAGCAGCCCCUCUUUGACCUCGCCCCGUGGAGAAGCAGCCCCAUGAAGGUGCCCAGCCAUGCAAUGUUCCUGGAAGGCCGUCCUCCUCCUUGCCCUGGCCUCCAUUGCCAUCCAGUACACGGCCAUUCGCACCUUCACCGCCAAGUCCUUCCACACCUGCCCCGGGCUGGCAGAGGCGGGGCUGGCUGAGCGGCUGUGCGAGGAGAGCCCCACCUUCGCCUACAACCUCUCCCGCAAAACCCACAUCCUCAUCCUGGCCACCACGCGCAGCGGCUCCUCCUUCGUGGGCCAGCUCUUCAACCAGCACCUGGACGUCUUCUACCUGUUUGAGCCCCUCUACCACGUGCAGAACACGCUCAUCCCCCGCUUCACGCAGGGCAAGAGCCCGGCCGACCGGCGGGUCAUGCUGGGCGCCAGCCGCGACCUCCUGCGGAGCCUCUACGACUGCGACCUCUACUUCCUGGAGAACUACAUCAAGCCGCCGCCGGUCAACCACACCACCGACAGGAUCUUCCGCCGCGGGGCCAGCCGGGUCCUCUGCUCCCGGCCUGUGUGCGACCCUCCGGGGCCAGGGGAUCUGGUCCUGGAGGAGGGGGACUGCGUGCGCAAGUGCGGGCUGCUCAACCUGACGGUGGCGGCGGAGGCCUGCCGCGAGCGCAGCCACGUGGCCAUCAAGACUGUGCGCGUGCCCGAGGUGAACGACCUGCGCGCCCUGGUGGAAGACCCGCGGUUAAACCUCAAGGUCAUCCAGCUGGUCCGAGACCCCCGCGGCAUCCUGGCUUCGCGCAGCGAGACCUUCCGCGACACGUACCGGCUCUGGCGGCUGUGGUACGGCACCGGGAGGAAGCCCUACAACCUGGACGUGACGCAGCUGACCACGGUGUGCGAAGACUUCUCCAACUCCGUGUCCACUGGCCUCAUGCGGCCCCCGUGGCUCAAGGGCAAGUACAUGUUGGUGCGCUACGAGGACCUGGCUCGGAACCCCAUGAAGAAGACCGAGGAGAUCUACGGGUUCCUGGGCAUCCCGCUGGACAGCCACGUGGCCCGCUGGAUCCAGAACAACACGCGGGGCGACCCCACACUGGGCAAGCACAAAUACGGCACCGUGCGAAACUCGGCGGCCACGGCCGAGAAGUGGCGCUUCCGCCUCUCCUACGACAUAGUGGCAUUUGCCCAGAACGCCUGCCAGCAGGUGCUGGCCCAGCUGGGCUACAAGAUCGCAGCCUCGGAGGAGGAGCUGAAGAACCCCUCCGUCAGCCUGGUGGAGGAGCGGGACUUCCGCCCCUUCUCGUGACCCAGGCGGCGCGGGUGGGGGCGGGAGGCGCACGGUGUCGGUUUUGAUAAAAUGGACCGUUUUUAACUGUUGCCUUAUUUCCCCCUCCCUCUCCCACCCCAUCUUCGUGUCCCUUCUGCCCCCACUCCCUUCUGCCCCUUUUUGUCUCUGAAAUUUGCACUACGUCUUGGACGGGAAUCACUGGGGCAGAGGGCGCGUGAAGUGGGGUCCCGCCCCCACCCCACCCCACCCCAUUCAGACACACGGAUGCUGGGUCUCUGUGCGGACGGUGUCCAUGUUUACAAGCACCACACUUACACAUCCACACACACGCACACGGGCACCCGCGAGGAGAGGCACCCGGGGCCACGCGACUUCUCAAGAGUUUGAAUGGAUGAGUGGUUGGAUAUCCAGUUUUUGCACUGUCUUACUAUUCAAGGUAAGAGGAUACAAACAAGAGGACCACUUGUCUCUAAUUUAUGAAUGGUGUCCAUCCUUUCCCCAUCCCUGCCUCCUGCUCCUGACACCAACUUCCCCCCUUAGAGCAGCGAAACUGCCCCCUCCUGCCCGCCCUUGCCUGUCGGUGAGGCAGGUUUUUACUGUGAGGUGAACGUGGAUCUGUUCCUGUUUCCAGUCUGUGGUGAUGCUGUCUGUCUGUCUGAGUCUUGUGGCUGCCCCUGGACCAGUGAUGACUGAUGAAUCUUAUGAGCUUCUGAUUGAUCUUGGGGUCGGUCCAUCUGUGAUAUUUCUUUGUGCCAAAAAGAAAAAAAAAAAAGAGUGGAUCAGUUUGCUAAAUGAACAUUGAAAUGCUUUAUCUGUGUUUUCUGUAAAUAAAAGAGUGCAAUAAUC